AUGACCUCUGACCCUGGUCCACCUCGGCCCCUUGCCCUUUUUUCCUGCAACAGCCCCUCUUGUCUGCUCUCUCUCUCUUCAGGUGUUCGGCAUCGUGUUGCUGUCGGUGGGCGUCUGGGCGAUCGUGGACAGCGGCACUCUGCUACAGACGAUCAGCCAACUGUCCAGAAGCCAGCUCGGCCUGUCCACGCUCUACUCGGGCAGUCGGGCCGUCGAGAUCACCGCCUACUGCCUGGUCGCUGUGGGUCUGGCCGUCUUCUUGAUCGCCUUUUGCGGUUGCUGGGGCACCGUGGUCGAGAGUCGCGUCAUGCUCAUCGAGGCAAGCUUGCAACGGCACCGUUUGAGGCGUGA